AGCAGGAGGCAGCAGUGGCACUGGGAGCAGCAGCCCAGGGAGGAAAAAGCCGCUCAGCAGUGACUUGUUUCCCUGAAGUAGAGAGUAAGGUAUGCUUCAGCCGCUGCAGAGAAGGAGCAGAACCAAGUUAGAAAGCUUCUCUUAUUUGAAGAUCAGCAGUAAACAAAGGCAGAGUGAAGAAUUUGCCACGUCGUGACUGAAGGUAGAAGGGAAAAAAAAAUAACAAAACCUGCAAGGAGAUCAGCCCAGCUGCAGAUAUUCCACAUUUUUGGAAUCCAAAGGCUUUGGGGGAUCUUUGUUGGACUUCCAGAAGAACAAAUAACACUGUCACACGUACAUAAUUGUGUCACCUGCAGUCUGGUGCCAGCUGCAGGUGUAGAUGGCUCAGCUUCCUCCUGGGAUUCGUUUCAUCACUUCAUUCUCACGAGAUCAGUGGUACAGAGCUUUCAUUUUCUCUCUCACCUUCCUGCUGUAUGCCAGCUUCCAUCUCUCAAGGAAACCUAUCAGCAUAGUGAAGGGAGAGCUGCAUAAACAGUGUGCAAGUCAAGUUGAACUUGACUCCUACAAAGAAUAUGCUGCCCAGAUCCAGCCUGUCAAAAAGCCGUUUAAUGCCUCUCAGUGUGGAUGGGAGCCAUUUGAUAAGAGCAACUACAAACAGCUACUGGGAGCGUUGGAUUACUCAUUUUUGUGUGCAUAUGCAGUUGGAAUGUAUUUAAGUGGACUCAUCGGAGAGCGGCUGCCCAUCCGCUAUUAUCUGACAGGGGGGAUGCUCGCCAGUGGCCUCUUCACUGCCAUGUUUGGAUUGGGUUAUUUCUACAAUGUGCAUAAUCUGUGGUUUUACAUAAUGGCCCAGAUAGCUAAUGGGUUGGUGCAAACCACUGGCUGGCCGAGUGUGGUUACAUGUAUUGGCAACUGGUUUGGAAAAGGAAGGAGAGGUUUGAUCAUGGGAGUCUGGAAUUCACACACUUCAGUGGGGAAUAUCCUGGGGUCCUUGAUUGCUGCUUACUGGGUGUCCACGUGCUGGGGUCUCUCCUUUGUGGUGCCUGGGGUCAUCGUGGCUGUCAUGGGGGUUGUGUGUUUCCUGUUCCUUAUUGAACAUCCUAAAGAUGUCAGUUGUUCCUGCACACCAUCCAGUAGUUCUAAAACCUUCCUGAACGGGGCCUCUCGGUGCAGAAUCCAGAUGCCAACCUUAAAUGCUAAGGAAAAUGGCAAACCUCAGGAUCCAGAGGUGCAGCAUUUACUCACUGACAGUGAGAAAAGCAGCGUGUCCCUGAGCUCCAGCACUGUGGCCACUGGGGAAGGAAGGCAUGGGACAUCAGCCAUCAGCUUCCUUGGGGCCCUGAGGAUACCUGGAGUUGUGGAGUUCUCCCUUUGUCUCCUGUUUGCAAAGCUGGUGAGCUACACUUUCCUCUUCUGGCUUCCCCUCUACAUCACAAAUGUAGAGCAUCUUGAUGCCAAAAGAGCUGGAGAUCUUUCUACACUGUUUGAUGUGGGUGGGAUCUUUGGUGGGAUUUUGGCAGGUCUCAUUUCAGACAGGCUGGAGAAGAGAGCAUCAACCUGUGGAAUGAUGUUGCUGCUUGCAGCACCCACGCUGUACAUGUUCUCUGCAGUCAGUAAAAUGGGCCUUGAGGCUACUGUAGUGAUGCUGCUCAUCAGUGGUGCCCUGGUGAAUGGCCCUUAUGCCCUGAUCACCACUGCUGUCUCUGCUGACUUGGGAACCCAUAAAAGCCUGAAAGGGAACUCGAGAGCCCUGUCCACAGUGACGGCGAUCAUCGACGGCACAGGCUCUGUGGGUGCAGCUCUGGGGCCUCUCCUGGCUGGCCUUAUUUCCCCUUCUGGUUGGAACAACGUGUUUUACAUGCUCAUGGUGGCAGAUGCAUGUGCCUUGCUACUCUUACUGCGUCUUAUCCAGAAGGAACUUCAGUGUCAUGCAGAUCACACCCUCUUCAAAGAGCACUGAUCUGUGAGACCAGAGCUGGGAUAAGGAGUGUGCCCAUGGAUGGAGCUCUUCCCUGAAAACCAAACACCUUGUCCUGUAUUUGAAGAGUCUCAUGAAGAGCCUUGCAGGUUUGCUGGGAGCAACUGGUAAAUCCCUGAAGCUCUGAUUUUUGCACAUGAAUAAAGUACCUCAGGAUGGCAAACUGUUCACCAGAUGAAGAGAUGGGGACUUGGGGAAGGUUUCAGCAGCACACCUCGACUGAGCCAAAGAGAAAUACCAAGUGCCUUUUUUAUUUCUUUUGAUAGGAUGUUUUUAAUUGAAACAAUGAACUGUGCAUUUGCCAAAAAUGAAGGCAAAGCUGGAGCAGGAGGAAGUUGAAAUUUUAGCAGUGUGUGAGUGACUGUCCCAGUGUCAGUGAGCAAAGCAUGUGUCUCUUAUGUCAUCUUGUGUACACUGAGAGCAUCUCAAAGUUCUUUAUAGAGGACAAUAUCAGCUGGUUAUUAAGAUGUGCUGCUAUUAGUAUUUGAAGCUGCUCAGACAAUAAUCACCCUGCUGUAUUAUUAGUUUUUAGCUCCAGUACUACUUCCCAAGGACACCAUCCAACCUUUUGGUAGGUUAUAAAAUAGAAUUUACUCUUCCUGUGUACUGCACUUAGCAGUCUUCACAAAUCCUCUGGAUGGAUGUUAGUCCUCCAUUGAGUCCUAAGCAGCAAAAAGCAGUUUAUGAGUCAGAAUUUCCAGUGGGGGCUCUAAUGAUUUUUCAGGGCAUUAUAAACCAGUUGUGCAAAUGUCAAGGAAUUGUGCUGCUCUGCUAGGCUGGGCUGACAUAAGAGGAUUUUUUUUUGGGGUGACAGAGAGCUUCAGCACCACAGGACUGAGCAGGUGGAGCUGCUUUGGUGCCCAGUGGCACUGGGUUUCUGUUGGGUUUCAGUGCUGGUGUGUGCACGUGGAAGUCAUCAUCAGAUCUGGGCCUUAAUAUCCAGAAAUCUCUCUCAAGUGGCUCUAGGUUUCAGAUUUGGAGCCAAAAUAUCAAAGAAGAAAAAUUACCUGUGUGGGUGGUAGUUUGUAAGAGAACAUUUGAGUACCUAGUGCUACCCAGAAAAUAGAUGGUUUAAUGUCUUCAGAACAUAUCAUUUCUUUGUACAGCUGUCUGCUUUGCAAACAGAAUGUUUCUGUGAUUUUUUUUUUUUAAGGUGUACAAACUGAAAAUAAAUCUUUUUUUGUAUGGGGUGUUUAUACUUAGAUCACAAAGAUAAGGUAAUUUAAACUGUGUUGUCCUUAAAUGUAUUUAUUAAAGCUCUAGGCCUUUGCUUUAAUCUGUGCUCUUAAGUUUUGUGAGACAGUGCAAGAGUCUUUACACUUGAUUAGCAAAACACUUUAAAAGCCCUGCAAAAUAUUCAUGAAUGUCCCAUCAGCUGCUGGUAACACUUCAUUUCCAGGGCUGUUUUGUACCUCCUCAGCCUUUGAGUUUUUCACUGGUUUGAUCCAGCAGGUGCUUCAUGCUUGACCUGAACAGUGUCAGAAUGGGCUCAUUUUUCACUGAUUUGCUGGGCAGAGGUGCAGGGGUGACCUCAGACCCACAGGGACUUGGGGAAGGUGUCAGGACCUCUAGGAGUGUCCUGUCCCUGCACUGACCUGGCUGGAAGGUUGAUCUCACACAUUUUGAGUAAAUCAGAGGGAAUACUCAACAUGUGAGCUCAAAAAUCUGUGCUGUGCUUAGGCUGGGGUUAAAUGUGACAGAAUUGUGCAGCAAUGUUCCUUGAAAGGAUUUCCAUGCUCCUGAAAUAUCAAACUGCUCCUCACUCACAACCAGGCUGAACCUGGGGUGCUGCUGGAACAGCCUCUGAUGGGGCAAAAAUAACAUUGCAACCCCAAAACAGCUUCAGUGCCUGUGUGGGGAGGGAGAGAUGAUGGAUGGAGGAGCUGAGGAUUCCAAUCCCUUUCCCCAAAAAUAUGUGUACAGCUUUAUACUGAAACAGUUCCAACUCUGCUGCACUCAGAUUUUGAGAAGCUGCUCCCUCUGGGCUGAAGCCUGAGGUUAAAAAGCUUUUGGUUGUAUUUCUGAAGAUAUUUCAGUGUGUUUUGGGUUUUACUUGUUGGGGCUGCUGCUGUUAUUUAUUUAUUUAUUUGAAUAGCUUUUGCACUGCAGUGACUCUGGUAUGGGGUAAUGACAGAUCACAAUUCAGUUCCUCCGAGCUACAAAUCCGUUGGACAAAAAGAUAAAGAUUUGUUUUUCUUUUUAAAAAAAACCCUUAAAGGUCCCCCAAACAGUGAAUAAACUGUGUGUUUUGUUAGGAUCAGGUGUCUGUAUCCAUUAAUCUGGAAAUGGGCGAGCCUGGCAACAUUUUGUGUGUAAAAAUGUGAGUGACCAGUAGGUACAGCCAAAUUCAAGUGCGACUACAGGGUUGAUUUGUUGGUUUUUUUAAUGCUGAUUAUUGUGAAUUUUAUCCAUUCACCAUCCUGUGUUGAAUAAAAAAUAGAUUCUAUUCUAAACAGAG